AUGUCGAAAAUCGAUCGGAUGCAGAUCCAAGGCAUCCGCUCUUUUGGACCACAGCAAGGUGAGACGAUAGUUUUCAACACGCCUCUCACUCUCAUUGUCGGCUGGAACGGUUCUGGCAAGACUACCAUCAUCGAAUGUCUCAAAUAUGCCACCACUGGCGAGCUGCCCCCAAACAGCAAGACCGGAGGUGCAUUUAUCCACGAUCCCAGGCUUCUAGCCGAGUCGGAAACUAUGGCCCAGGUUAAGCUUUCCUUCCGGUCAACGUCAGGCGUUCCCAUGGUCGUCAGUCGCAAGAUGCAGCUCAUUGUCAGGAAGAACACGCGGUCACAGAAGACACUGGAAGGCUCUUUGCUGAUGCGUCGCGACGGCCACAAAGAAUCGGUCUCUUCCCGCGUGGCUGAGCUAGACCAGAUCGUGCCACAAUUUCUGGGCGUCUCAAAGUCUGUCCUGGAAAACGUCAUAUUUUGCCAUCAGGAAGACAGUCUGUGGCCAAUGAGCGAGCCUGCCGCCCUCAAAAAGAAGUUCGAUUCCAUCUUUGAGGCUGAUAAAUACACCAAAGCGAUCGACAACAUCAAAGUUAUCCGCAAGAACCAGGUGAACGACCUUGCUGUCGCUAGAGCAAACGAAAAGAAUGCACAGGAGAACCAGGCCCGUGCCAAAGAGAGCCAAAAAAGGUUGAUGAAACUCGAUGACGAGAUUGAAAGCCACCGAAGCGAUCAUGAAAAGGCCGAGUCUGGUGCUAGAGAGGCCAGAGAAAAGAGUAGGAACGCUUAUGAGCACGCCGCAAAGUAUGAGCAGAUCGUUGCUCAGCUUCAAGGCAAGCGUGUCACUUAUACCGCUAACGAAGAGAACGUAACUUCUUUGGAAGAUAACCUCAAGAUGAUGGCCGAAACCGACGAUGAGCUGAAAGAUAUGAUGGAGCAGUAUGGAGAGCGUGUGCAACAGUAUCAGGACCAACAAGAGGAUUUCAAGACGCAGUACCGUAGCUUGCAAGCAGCUCUGCAACAUAACCGCACGAAUUUAGGCAUUAAACAGAGCGAAGUCGGCAAGCAUCAAGCAGAGAAGGAUCAGCACGCUCGGAACCUUCAGAAGCGAGAAAACCUGAUCAAGGAGACUGCCAAGCGACAUGACAUUCGUGACUUCGAUCACGACGUGGACGAUACCAAGGUGGCCGAAUUUCAGCAAAUCCUGAGGAAGCUUGCGCGAGAGCAAAACAAAGCCCUCGACCGUGCUCGAACGGAUGCGCAAGAGGAACUUGGUCAAGCUCAAGCUACAGUCAACCAUCUGAGCGAACAGAAAGCGGGCCUAAGCCAGCGCAAGGAUCUUUCCAAAUCACAGAUUGCUACCAGCGACAAGCGCAUCACGGAGUUGCAGAAUGUAUUGAGCAAGAUUCGUGUCGACGAAGGAGCUGAAGCUGUCAUCCUGAACAAGAAGAAGGCCACCGAGAAGGAACUAGAGAAGGCUAGCGCAGAUACCGACAAUGCCGAUCACGAUAGACGCAUUCAGGAUGUCGAAAAUACCUUACAUGCGCUUGAAGAUCGGAAGGAGCGUCUAGAUACUGAGCUAGUUCAAGCUACGCAACUCGCCAGCGAGUCUGCGGAGGUCGACUACACACAGAACAAACUCGUAGAGACCAAACACAGUCUUGAGACCAUGAAGUCAGUGCAUUCGGCUCGCAUCUCACAACUCGUUGACCCCGACUGGGACGUCGCGAGCCUUGGCAAUGUGUUCCGAGACGUCCUUGCUCAAAAGAACAGCGACUUGAAAGAUGCGGAAGCGAAGCGCGAUAUUUCCCAGGACAAGCUUAACCAGAUCAGCUUCAGGCUCUCCUCGAUAGAGUCUGAACAAAAAAAGAAACGCGCAGAGUAUACCAAAUAUAAGAACACAGUCCUUGAUGCCAUCCAGAGGAGCGAUAUCGAUGAUUUUGAAGAAACUUUAUUCGAGGUUGAGGCGGACUUCGACACGUUGUCUAAAGACACGGCUAGCUUCGGUGCCCAAUUGGAAUACUUACAAUCCUGUCUGGAAGUUGCAGAGAAGCACGAUCAAUGCCGACUAUGCCGGCGAACACUGAAAGACGACAAAGCCGAAGGGUUUACCAAAGCAGGUUUCAUGAGCCAACUGAAGAAUAUGGUCGCAAAAGCCACCCAAAACGCUGAAGCAAACAUCGAAGAAGUACAGGCCGAGCUGGAGAAGAUGCGAGGUGCGAAGCCAAGCUACGACUUGGCGAAGCGCGCUGAGGAGGUAGAGCUUCCCGCGCUCAAGGCGGAGCACGAGAAGUUGGUUUCGGAACGCAAUGGCGUCAAUAAACAGCUGGAAGAGCACGACAACAUCAUCUACGAGUUGAACCAGGCGAAGCAAGAGAUUGAAUCGCUAUCCGUAGACGUCCAGUCAAUAGUUAGCUCCUACGAUGAAGCCCGCGAGCUAGAAGACCGAGUUGUUGCAUUAAAGAAGAAGCAAAAAACGGGUGGGCUUUCUCGUGGUAUCAGCGCCGUACGCGAAGACCUCCAAAAAGUGACGGAUAAGAGCCGAACUGCGAAAGCGGAACUUGCGGCUCUUAGCAGCGAGCGCGACAAUCUACGAAAGAUUGUCGGCACGCUUGAACUCCGCAUUCGCGAUAUCAAUGCCGAGCUUAGCGCUGCACAGUCAAGUCUGAAAGAGAAGCGAAAUCUGGUAGAACGCAUUGAUGAAUUCAAGACUGGCAAUGCUGAGCAACGAGAGGCCAUCCGCGAAUUUGAUACUGAGAUGCAGGCUCUUGAACCCGAGCUAGAGCGAGCCCAAGCAACGUAUAAGGAUGUCAAUCGACGCGGUAACGAAAAAGUCAAUCGCGUUCAAGAGGAAGCAUCCAAGCUGUCUGACAGUGUUCGCCAGCUUUCUGAAGCAGACCAGGAUAUAUCUGCGUACAUUGAUAAAGGUGGCCCGCAGCGUCUAGCUCGAGCUCAACAGGAGAUCGAGAAUCUUGAGAUCGAGAUCAAACAGAUUGAAGACGACAUGUCGAAUGUCGCACGGGACAUAAAGAAAACUGAAGAGACAUUGAGCGGUGUCGAGCACACUAAACAAUCGAUCUUCGACAACCUUCGAUACCGAAAGGCAAAGCGAACCUUGGAAACCCUCGCGAAAGAGAUUGAAGACCUGGAACAGCGAAACGCCGAACAUGAUCAAGCACAUUGGACUGCAGAAGGAGACAAGUGGGACGCAGAAUACCAAUUACUGCAUGUCAGAGUGAUCGAGCUGAGCACCACGAUGAAGCAGCUGGACAUUCAGAUGGUCGAACUCAGCGAAGAGUACGAAAAAUACUACAAAAACGCCGCACAAGAGUACCGCGAGGCUCACAUCAAGGUUGAAACGAUCAAGGCAGCUUGUGACGACCUAGGGCGAUACGGCAGCGCGCUCGAGCAAGCCAUCCUGAAGUUCCACACAAUCAAGAUGGACGAGAUCAACAAGAUUAUCGACGAGCUCUGGCGCAACGCCUACCAAGGCACUGAUGUCGACACCGUCCGCAUCCGCUCCGACAACGAAGGCGGCGCCCGCAACCGCACCUACAAUUACCGCGUCGUCAUGGUCAAGCGCGACAACGAAAUGGACAUGCGCGGGCGCUGUAGCGCCGGCCAGAAAGUGCUCGCCUCCAUCGUGAUCCGUCUCGCGCUCGCAGAGUGCUUCGGAACCAACUGCGGUUUGAUUGCUCUAGAUGAACCCACCACUAAUCUCGAUCAACAGAACAUCAAGGGCCUAGCUGAGUCACUAUCCCAGAUCAUCCAAAUCCGCCGUAAGCAAGCGAACUUCCAGCUCCUGGUUAUCACGCACGACGAGCAAUUUUUGCGCGAGAUGAACUGCGGCGACUACACCGACGUCUACUGGCGCGUUGGACGUGACAAAGACCAACAGUCGUACAUCGAGCGCCAGAACAUCGCUGAGGUAAAUGCCCUCCUUCCACCAUUCAUGCUCACGAUUUCGCGGACGGAGCUGCGGAACCGCGCUGUUUUUCCGGAUUACUUACCAGCGUAA